AUGAUCUUCCAUGAUACAGAUGAUAUCAUGGUGAUAUCAAUGGCAUUACCACAACACAUCCCUGGUAAGAUUCAUUCGCACUCCAGCUCCACUGGAAUAUCGUUCAUCGCCAUGAGUGACAGAAGUGACUCAGAUCGAGAACGUGCAAAAGGCCAAGAAGGCCUGUCCGGUUAUGAAGUGUUCCUCGUGAUACUGGGCAUCCUCCUGCUUGUGGAAAGUGGUUUACGACUAUUCUUCAAUUUCGAGUAUGCGACCCUUGCCCGUUGCGCCCUGCUCCUCAUUCUUGCCGCUUUAUUCAUCGUCGGAGUUUGCAAGAAAUCUUCAGUGUGCAUGUUAAUUGCAAUGAUUAUUUUGACUAUCUCACUCAUUCCGCUAACUAUUGCCGUAGUGAUGCUUGCUAUUGAUCUCAUUGGAAACAAGCAAGAACUAACUACGACUACGAUUAUAUCCGCUGUGUUGGCUAUAGUAGCCUACGUGUGCAGUGUUCUGGCCUGUAUCUCGACCUUUGUGCUACGCAAACAGUAUUAG